UUUCCGCCAACGCCCUUCGAACGUACCGAGCUGACCCCGCCCACUGCCAUAGUCAACCCCUCGAUUACCACUCAGAACUCCCCGGGUUCCUCCGGAACUGCUCGGGUAUUUCCGUCUCUACAUCGGCACCAAUCAGUUCUUUCCCUCCUCCCAGCCACUUCCCCCCUCCCUCCCUCUGCUUUCAGAGCUCGGUUAUUUUCGUCUUACCGAGGCUGUGAAUCGAAUGUACUCGGAAGCCGUCGACUGUGGCAUAACCAAAAUCGGAGUUACUCGGCCACCUCCGAACCUAAGGCUGAGACGCUGAGGAGCUUGGGUGUUUGGGGCUGGUCCGGGACCGGAAGUGCGUGGGCUGCCGGGCUGGCCCUGUUUAGGGUUUUCAGGAAACAUGGAAGCAGGGGCGACAGUUGGAGUUUAAGCACUUUUGUGACGGUCUUCGGGUGCCCUGUGAGAGGAAAGGGGAGGAUGCCACUGGAAUCAUCUUCCUCUUCAAUACCACUAUCCCUUCCUUCUCCCCUACCUCCAGUACCGGAUAGUAUUACUAACUCUUCCCCUCCCCCAAUGUCUUACAUCACUUCCCAGGAGAUGAAGUGUAUUCUUCACUGGUUUGCCAGUUGGUCAGGUCCACAGCGUGAACGUUUCCUACAGGACCUGGUAGCUAAGGCAGUGCCAGGAAAAUUACAGCCACUGCUAGAAGGGCUGGAGCAGCUUAGUGUGUCUGGAGCAAACCGACCACCUUGUAUCUUUGAGUGCCAGCUACGACUUUGGGAUCAGUGGUUUCGAGGUUGGGCUGAGCAGGAGCGCAAUGAAUUUGUCAGGCAGCUAGAGGUCAGUGAGCCAGACUUCGUGGCAAAGUUUUACCAGGCAGUGGCUGCUACGGCUGGUAAGGACUGAUGGGCAUUAAAGUCAAAGAAGAUACUCCGAGCUGAUGGAGCUGCAACUUCACCGUGAGAUCUUCAGAUGUGUUACUUAAAGGCCUAGGAAUGGUAUCCUGAUCCGCUGACUGAACUUGUUGACCAGUACAGGCUUGAUUAUUUCUUUGGGGGAUGAAGGGGCAGAGGGAGAGGGAGAGAGAGAAUCUUAAGCAGGCUCCAGGCUCAGCACUGAGCCCAACAUGAGACUCGAUCUCACAGCCCUGAGAUCAUGACCUGAGCCCAAAUCAAGAGUUGGACGCUUAACUGACUGAGCCACCCAGGCGCCCCAAGGCUUGCUUAUUCAACGUUAACAGCCUAUCAGCUGGACUGCUCAUAUGAAUGUUUUCCAUCUAAGUCAAUCCAGAUCAGCAGUCUGCCGCCUAGCUUGUUCCUUUCUACAUGUCACACCCUCAAGAAUUCCAUGGCUUAUUUUGCAAGUAUAACCAGAAGGAACCUACACAUUGUAACUCAAGUGUAUUGCUGGCCCAUGGGGCUAUAAAGUAGAGCCUUCCUAUUCCAGAAACAGAGAGAAGGACUAUUAAAAAAAGGUCAUGUUUUUGUAGAUUAACUGGAUUCACAUGGCUGGUUUCAUUGCCCUUAUCAGAUUCUGGCAUAAUUAUGUUGACAUCCCAACUAUUAGCUUUCCUAGUGAUAAUUUUGUAAGAUUAUGGAGAAAUCAGGAAAGGGAGAUAAUUCGUUACUCCUUUCUCACACUGAUGUUUAUUUGAAUCUAAAUAGCAAUGACUUUUCCUAACGCAUAUGUGAUAUUCUUGGAGCUGGUAACAGAUUCCUAUUCUGUAAGUUUGCUUGUGAAACAAAAACAAGUGACACUCUUCAUAGGUUGAAGGGUUUAUUUUUUGUAUCAGAAUAAAGAAUGGAUCUUCAGAA